AUGGCUGUAGGAAACAACACUCAGCGAAGUUAUUCCAUCAUCCCGUGUUUUAUAUUUGUUGAGCUUGUCAUCAUGGCUGGGACAGUGCUGCUUGCCUACUACUUCGAAUGCACUGACACUUUUCAGGUGCAUAUCCAAGGAUUCUUCUGUCAGGACGGAGACUUAAUGAAGCCUUACCCCGGGACGGAGGAAGAAAGCUUCAUCACCCCUCUGGUGCUCUAUUGUGUGCUGGCUGCCACCCCAACUGCUAUUAUUUUUAUUGGUGAGGUAUCCAUGUAUUUCAUAAAGUCAACUAGAGAAUCUCUGAUUGCCCAGGAGAAAACAAUUCUAACUGGAGAAUGCUGUUACCUGAACCCCUUACUCCGGAGGAUCGUAAGAUUCAUAGGAGUAUUUGCGUUUGGGCUUUUUGCUACUGACAUUUUUGUAAAUGCCGGACAAGUAGUCACGGGGCACCUAACGCCAUACUUCUUGACGGUGUGCAAGCCAAACUACACUAGUACAGACUGCCGAGCCCACCACCAGUUCAUCAACAACGGGAACAUUUGUACCGGGGACGUGGAAGUGAUCGAAAAGGCUCGGAGAUCCUUUCCCUCCAAACACGCUGCUCUGAGCGUUUACUCCGCCUUAUAUGCCACGAUGUACAUCACAAGCACAAUCAAGACGAAGAGCAGUCGACUGGCCAAGCCAGUGCUGUGCCUCGGGACCCUCUGCAUGGCCUUCCUGACGGGCCUCAACCGGGUCUCCGAGUAUAGGAACCACUGCUCCGAUGUGAUCGCAGGCUUCAUCCUGGGCACUGCUGUAGCCCUGUUUCUGGGAAUGUGUGUGGUCCAUAACUUUAAAGGAACACAAGAAUCUACUUCCAAACCCAAACCCGAGGAUCCCCGUGGAGUACCCCUAAUGGCUUUCCCAAGGAUAGAAAGCCCUCUGGAAACCUUAAGUGCACAGAAUCACUCUGCUUCCAUGACUGAAGUUACCUGAGACGGCUGACGUAUCACAAGCUGUUUUUUUUUAAUCACCCUCCAAUUCGAUACUUCAAGACACACAGUUACUUGAUGUCAAACUGUGAAGACAAGUAUUAUGUUUAUCUAGUUAGAGGCUAAUGUUUUGUACAUUUUUGUAUGAGGAAGUGAUGUAGCUUGCCCUGAUAUUUUUUUUUUUGAUCAGCUUUAAUAUAUUCAUGCCAGAAUUUCAAACCAACAAAAUUUUCUUCUUGUUCAAGCGUGCAUUGAAGAACCACAUUUAUUCAACAAUUGAUGUUGUUUUGUGAUAUUUGUACACAAACCUUCUUUUCUCAGUUUUAUAGACACAGAAAUAAAAUUAAUAUAACAAUUCACUUUA